AUGAGCUUGCAACAGCCCACCUUCUGGGAUCCCCCAGUUGCAAUACCCAGGCGAUACCCACCGGAUUUUCAAGCUCCAACCGAGAUCGUGCAAGGAGUACAACCGCACGGGGAAGAUCGUCAUGGCGAGGCGUUUUCUCCACCUCCGAUGGGGCCCCUCCCCACAAUCGUACAAGGAGGACCGCAAAGCGUACAAUUUGAAGAUCCCGUAUUCCUUCCGUCUCAGGGCCCAGGAGGGCCUUCAUUCCACCGUCCGCGCGACGUGCAUGAGCCACGGAAACAUCCCCUCGAAGACCCACCCUACGCCUUCCGACGCAGCCCUGGCGUUGGGCAUAUGGGCGGAGGUGGACCAGAAGAAGCGUCCGAGUCGUGGCUUGCGUGCAGCAAUGCGGUGCGGGAGUACGACGAGAAACUUGUCACAGCAUGGAGAUCAGAAAUGGACACCACCUUGGUUUUCGCUGGUCUUUUCUCGGCCAUAGUGACUGCUUGCGUACUGGAAUCCUAUCAAUGGCUUAGCGAAGAUCCUCAAGAUCAAUCCGCUGUUUUGCUGGCCAAGAUCGCGGAUACCUUACACAACGGCGCUACACCUUCCUCCACGGAAUCCGAUUUUUCGCCAUCGUCGUUUCACAUCACCAUUAAUGCAUUAUGGUUCCUGAGUCUCGUCAUUACACUCCACGCUGUCCUGAUGGCUAUCCUCGUCAAGCAAUGGCUCACCGAAUACACCUGGACGAUUGGGUCCAAGGUCUCUACACCUCACCAAACAGCCACCCUUCGCCAACUCCGGUUCGAAGGUCUAACAGAGUGGCGAAUUCCGCAGAUCAUCACCUACCUCCCUACGCAACUCAUUCUCGCCGUAUUUCUUUUCCUUGUAGGUCUUCUAUGUCUUUUGUGGGAGCUACACGUAGCAGUGGCGAUACCGACUACGAUCAUGGUCGGCCUUUCGACGGCCUACCUCCUCGUCACGUCCGUUGUCCCUACGGUCUACCCCGCAUGUGGAUACAAAUCGGCCCAAGCUUGGCUUGUACACCGUAUUGCGCGAGCUUUCGGGAGCAUAUGGCGACUUGGCAGACGGGGUCAAACCGAUCGCUCGGACCCAGCGGGCCUUGCGUCGAAGACCAGUUCUCCGCGCGGCUGGACGGAUGCGGCCCUGCGGUACCUCGAAGAUCAGCGUCGUCGUAUGUCCUGCGACGUCAAUCUGCUAUCGUGGGUUUAUUCUUCCUUGACCUCUUGGGAUCCGGAGUUGGUUUCCAAGGUCUGGAACUGCGCUUUGGACUUGCCCGUCCAGGGUAUUCACCCUCUCAUUUGUCGACUUGCCAAUCUCCAUUCGGGUGUCCCCCAAGUGAAUGGCCAGAGUACGGACGCCGAUGUCGCUUCUUCCAACGAUCCGGAGAAGGGAGGCGCCAAGGUGGAUGCGCAAUCUCCUCUACAGGAUUUUGAGAGGUCUCUACAAAUGUUCUUCAGAAAGGUUGGCGAAGAUAACAAGCUUGGUAAGGAGGAAUUGUUUUACAAGAUUUAUGCCGCCUACAUCGAAGGUCUCUCUUUCCAUCAUAAUUCUGCACCCGACACUCUGUGGGGCGCAUCGACCAGCGACAGUGAUAUCGCAGAAUACAUAACCGCCUUCAGAGUUUUGCACCUCCACUUUCUUCCAGCACGAGGCAAAGGGAAUGGUUUACCUGCCGACUUGGAGCGAGUGUGGCGCGGGAAUAAGGCCCUGUACUCGCUUUUGGAUGAAGGGACUGUCGCGGGUGCGCGUGUAGCCGCUGGUUCGGAGACGUUGAAGCUGCGAGGGUUGAUAUGUGACGACAUACGAACGUUGUCGAGGAAGAACUGGGGCUGGGUGGAUAUGGCUGCGAAUGUGAUGUUUAGACCCCCAAUCUCUGGAGGAGGAAACCAGAAUCCGUCGACAAACAAUGACAUCCCCGCUGUUCAGGAGCUAGACUCGCUGAUCUCCGCGACUUUAUGUCAGUUGUCUAGGUCGGAUGCAGGCGUAGACAUGGUCGUCUCCUUGGUUGAAUCGACACUCUUGAUGUCUCGUCGAAUCAGGAAAACAGAAUUCGAAGAACAGAUCGCGGAGCGAGUUGCUCAACUAUUGAAGGGCAUGCUCGCCGUUGUGGAUUCGAAGCCAUACGAAGCUUCAGAUUCAUUUAGGGAGGGCGUUGAGCAGAAGUGGGUGCCUUUACUGCGACAGGGAACGGAGUAUUCAGUGGUGGAGGAGUGGGACUUGACGAAGGCUGGACUUGCUGGGUUGGUAGAUGACUUUUUGACGAAAGCGCAGGAGUCAGGUUCAAAGAAGGCUUAG